AUGAUUCAAAAUUUCCUACUGUGCCUUGUUCUGUGUGUUGAAAUUCUCAUUGCAAAUGACAAUGACGUACACAAAAUGACUGAAAUGGUGGAAAAACCUAACAAAGUGCAAAAAUAUAGUUUUCCACCAAAUAAUACUCCAAUUUCCAAAGUAUACGUACUUGGGAGACCUGUAUAUGUGAGAUCGCCCUUUGUCAUACCGCAGAGGGAAAUCUAUCGCAGAAGACUUGACAACCAGGUAUUUCGCGAUGAGAAAUCAGACGGAAGUAAACCACAACCUGUGAAUGAGUUUGUCGAAGACUCUGCUGUACAAGAAUCUGUGGUUGACCAGUUCUUCACCGAUUCCGACCCAACUCAUUACCAUCUACCUGAGCGACCAUUUCCCAACGUAAAUCCAUAUGCAGCAGCACCACCGCUAGAGCCAAAGCAGAAAUAUCCGCUACCGCAGUGCUACACAAAUGAAAGUGGAUUUAUGUGCUGCAACUCAAAACUGGAACAAGUGAUGCGAGACACAUAUGACGAGCUGUCGUCCGAUCCAAAAUGGCAGUCGUGUAACGUGCAAAAAAUAGCGAAUACCCUACAGAAUAAGACUCAAACCGUCUUCAAUAUGGAUUUUGAGGCCCUUGUUGGUCUCGGCGAUUUCGCAUCAAAAUCUCACUUCUACAGUGAUCUUAUCUGCAAGGUAGAGGUGGAUGGAAGAUUCUUGCUCUCAUACGCCACUCCUAAUCGACAUCGCCCUCUCCGGGAACCGUACAAGAGUGAAUCCGUAGAUAUUCCGACAAGUAGUACUGGUUAUAAUUAG